AUGUACAACGAACAGAUGCUUAAUACUGCACAACAAGGUCUACCAAAAUGUUUAACUCCCAGAAAUGUUGCAGUCAUUGGCGGAGGUGUUGCUGGGCUAAUAACAGCUCUUGAACUCUCCUUGUCUGGACAUAUGGUUCAACUAUUUGAAGCAAGUAAUCGACUGGGUGGUCGUAUUUACACCUAUAGAGCGCCGAAAGGUUACAUCACUGAAUUGGGAGCAAUGCGUUUGCCACUCGACCAACAUCUACUUCUUGCUACUUACAUCAAAAGUCGAUUUGGAUUACCUAUAAAACAGUUCCAACAUUAUAAUCCUAACACAGUUGUCUAUUUAAAUGGUAUAACCGCUCAAAGAUCAUCUCCUCACUCGUUUCCGGAGACAUUCAACUUUAAUGUUUCUGACAAGGAAAAGGCCAGGUAA